UCCGCGCUUCCUCCUCCCGGAGGCGGGCCGGCCCCGCCCCGCGCCCCGGGCGGCUCCCGCCGGCCCCGCCCCCCCGAUCCCCGGCCUCCCGGCGCCGCAGCCCACAGCCGCCGGCUCAGCCAUCGCGGACCCCCGUCUCCCGCGGCCGCCCCCCAGGCAUGGCCCAGGGCCCCGCCGCACUAUGGCAGCAGCUCGGCACAGCACGCUCGACUUCAAGCUCGGCGCCAAAGCCGACAGCGAGACCAUCCUAAAAGGCCUCCAGUCCAUUUUCCAGGAGCAGGGGAUGACCGAGUCGGUGCACACCUGGCAGGACCACGGCUACUUGGCGACCUACAUAAACAAAAACGGCAGCUUUGCCAAUCUGAGAAUCUACCCCCAUGGAUUGGUGCUGCUGGACCUUCAGAGUUACGACGGCGAUGCAGAAGGCAAAGAAGUUGACAGUCUUUUGAACAAAGUAGAAGAAAGAAUGAAAGAACUGAGUCAGGACACUACCGGGCGGGUGAAGCGAUUACCACCCAUAGUUCGAGGAGGGACCAUUGACAGGUACUGGCCCACUGCUGAUGGCCGCCUGGUUGAGUAUGACAUAGAUGAAGUGGUGUAUGACGAAGACUCACCUUAUCAGAACAUUAAAAUUCUGCACUCGAAGCAGUUUGGAAAUAUUCUCAUCCUGAGUGGGGAUGUUAAUCUGGCGGAGAGUGAUUUGGCGUAUACCCGGGCCAUCAUGGGCAGUGGCAAAGAAGAUUACACUGGCAAAGACGUGCUGAUCCUGGGAGGUGGAGAUGGGGGCAUUUUAUGUGAAAUAGUCAAACUGAAACCAAAGAUGGUCACUAUGGUAGAGAUUGACCAAAUGGUGAUUGAUGGAUGUAAGAAAUACAUGCGAAAAACAUGUGGUGAUGUCUUAGACAAUCUUAAAGGAGACUGCUAUCAGGUUCUAGUAGAGGACUGUAUUCCGGUACUGAAGAGGUACGCCAAAGAAGGGAGAGAGUUUGAUUAUGUGAUUAAUGAUUUGACAGCUGUUCCGAUCUCCACCUCUCCGGAAGAAGAUUCCACCUGGGAGUUUCUCAGACUGAUUCUUGAUCUCUCCAUGAAAGUGCUGAAGCAGGACGGGAAGUAUUUUACACAGAUCCGAGCAAGGGGACCAAGUGAACCAAGAUGACUGUAGGCCCUCAAGAAGAUCCCCCAAUCUACUUCGGGAGACUUACUCAUGCAUAUAAAAUAGUGUGCUGGCUUCUCACGAUCCUGCAUGGUGUGCCCCAUGGACACUUAAAACAAUGCAAGUAACAAUCUAAAAUGGAAAAAAAAAAAGGGACAGGAAAAGGAGGGAGGGAGGGUUGUUAAAGCACUUGGACAGACACUCUGAUGGUUAGGUGGAAGAUACAGUGAAGCUGUAUAUUUUUCAGAUUUCUUCUUUUUCUUUUUUUAUUCAUUGUUUCAGAUAGAAAUGUUUAAGGGAAACAGCAGGGAAGGGCUGCCAGGAACAUAGCAAUUUGGUUUCCCAGGAUCAUUAUAUUUAGUACUUUAAUGUCUAGCUUUUGAGGUGGGGGUGAGGGGUGUUGAAUUUAAGAAAAAGUAAACAGUUGUUCUUAAUUAUACCAUACCGUGGGACUUGGUGUACUCGCUUCAAACAAAAAUAAUCCAGCCUUUUCCACCAUUGCAGGAAUGUCAGUGAUUAAACAGAAUUGAUCAUCUGAGUGGAUGUGAUUGGGGAUUAUUACAGUUAAAUAAUGCUUAGCCUUUGAGAGGAGCAGUAAACUCCGAGUAGAAUAUCGGCAAGUCAGCCUAUUGUGUUAUACAGUAUUUAAUACCUACUUUUCUGUUUACAGAAUGUAUUACAUUUUUGAAAUUCAUAUAUCACCUGAUGAAUUUUAUGCAACACUAACACAGUAAAAUAUUCCUGGAAUUC